AUUCCAGGAGGCAGAGGGUCGAGGAAUCGGACGAGGAUGAGGCUAGAUGUAUCGUUCGUCGGAGAGAGAGAGAGAGAGAGAGACGAACACAAUUGAAAGGACAGAGGGGUGGCGCGGAGAGGGAGGGGAAGAGAGAAUCGUCUCACAGCUGAAUUACUCUCACUCGAGAGGCCCCCGUCUCUUCUUCUACGUGGGGGCUUCAAGUAUCCCCCUGCUUCUCGUGGAGUAUAAAGGACCCUGGUCUACCUUGCACAGAGUCACAGAACAGAGCGGCAUCGCAGAAGCCGACAUGAAUCCUCUGAUCGCGUGUAUGAUAGUCGGUCUAGCAGGGUUCGCCCUCGCGGAGCCACCGUCCGGCUACAGCUACAGCAGACCAUCAGGGGGUGGUUAUUCCUUCGGUGGUGGUGGCGGCGGCGGUGGCGGUUUCUUGCACGGCGGGGGUGGAUAUACCUCCGUGUCCACCGGCUAUCAAACUAGCGAGGGAGCAUCCAUCGACGGCGCGUUGCUCGAACAGAUCCGUCAGAUCCUGCUGAGGGAAGAGCAGAACAGCGGAUUCGGAGGAGGCAUCGGCGGUGGUUACGCUCCUAGCUCGAGCUAUGGCGCCCCAUCCUCCCAAUACGGUGUGCCAAGCUCAUCCUACGGUGUACCGAGUUACCAGACCCGCGUGGUAGGCAUCGAUCUCGAUGGAAUCAGGCAGGCCAUCCAGGUGGCCCAGUUCAACCAAGUGAGCCAAGCGCCUGGCGGCUAUCCAAGCGGCCCGAGCGGAAGCUACGGAGUACCGAGCAGACCAAGCGGUAGCUACGGUGCACCGUACUAAAUGCGGAUCAUCGGACUAUACAAAUGCAGAUUGGAUGAUGGGAGAGUGAGAGAGAGAGAGAGAAAGAGAGAAGGAGCGAAAGGGAGAGAGCGAGUGGAGACACCGCGUCGACCACCGCGAUUAUCUUCCGAGCUGAAAAUAUUCCAUCAACGAAAGCGAGAAGGAAGACGAUUGAGGAGCCGAUCAAGGAGAACCAGGAUUACCACACAGUCGAUCGAUAGUAAGAUAUUUUUUCCAAACGAGAUUCUUCCCCACGAACCUUCCGCUCGGAAGAUGGUCGUAAGACGGAUAAAUCGUUAAGAAGAAUAUUAGAAGAUAGAAAGAUAGAUCCUAUUUUCGAACACGAAUAUCGUGGUCGUUCGACGUUGUCAGGAUUCUCAAGGGGGAGAAAUAAAAGGACGAAAAUAAGAUCACAAAGGAUAGUACGUACAAGGUAACAUCGAGCAGGGAUUCCAAAGGAUCCUGUUUCGUUGAAAUCAAAUCGUCGUCGCUUCAACGGGCCACGAUCCUCGAAGGAAUCGCGGGCGUGCGUGCUAAAGGGAAGGUACGAAAGCUCCAGAUCUUUGGCUCGUUGAGGAAUAAAAGGUCGUCGCUUCAACGGGUCAGGGCUCGUGGAGUGAACUUGAAACGGUUCGAACGACCGGCUGCUAGAUUUAACGAUCCGAGAGUCGACGGGGUGUCGUUUUCUUAUCGUACCAAAAUCAUCGUCGUCGCGGUCGGAUCCACGAGGGAUCUAACGUACCAAGUGAUAAAAACGAGCUGUCGCAAAAAAAGAAAAAAGAAAAAAAAAGAGAGAAAAGAAAAGAAAAAAAAAGAGAAACAAAUUACUAUAGAAAACGAUCUCAAAAGAGAUUCAAUGUGUACCACCAUUCGUUAUGACUUCGAAAUGGCACAUAGCCGUGGUGCCGGAGCCGAAGUCGAAGCCGUGAUCGGCGCAUAGAAGCGCCUUGUAAAUACAAUUUACACGCUUUCCACAGCGUACGCUACGUCAUCCAAGAGUACGAGGAGGAACUGAACGCCUACGUCAUCGAAUCUGGCCUAACAGUUAUUCCAAGAAAGAUCAAUGAUGCCUAACGUAUUGAACAAUUAAAAAAAGAAAAAAAAAAAAAAAAGAAAAAAGAGAAAAAAGGGAUUAGAAGAAAAUGAAAAUCGAGAAACGUAGCGGACGCUGACACAAAUAUACACGUAAACACACAGAUACAUUAUAUUUUUUAUAUGUCUUAAACGCUACUCCUUAACCACGCAUUUUUUUAUACUUGUAUAAAGGCUUUUUUGUAGAAAAAAAUAAAAAAAAACAUCGCCACCGUUGAAACAAC